CUUCCUUUCGCCAUGCUCGUGGAGCUGAACAAAACUGCAUUUCAAAGCAGAAUUCAAACUAUCUACCAAGGCUGGCGUAACGCGGCACAAAACGAAGAAUUGAGCUCAAUCGACGGCGUAGAUGCUCUUCUUCUUGUAGCUGGAGACCCGGCGCCUGAAGAUGAACCCGCGCGGAAAGGCACAGCGAUUCAACAAUGGCUCCUUGGAUAUGAAUUUCCCUCCACAUUAAUACUUUUUGCGGAAGACAAGAUCACUAUUCUCUGCUCAGCGUCUAAAGACGCGUUUUCACCACCAGCCAAAAUAUUGUCGCAAAUUCAAGGCUCGUCAGCUACGGUCCCGGUUGAAAUCAUUGCGCAGGCAAAAAGCAAAGAGCCCACCAACGACGCCUUCCCACGCUUCUUUUCCCUAUACGCGUCGAAAAAGCGUGUCGGAUCCCUGCCAAAGGAAGCCCACCGAGGGAAACUCAUCGAUGAAUGGAAAAAAGCACUCGCAGACGCGCAGGAAAAGCCGGAAGUUGUCGAAAUGAGUCCAGCGUUUUCAGCAUUUAUGGCAGUCAAGGACGAGGAAGAAUUGAAAUGCCUUCAACUCGCUAGCGUUCUAACCUCAACGUUAUUGAAACACUAUGUCGCCGACAAGCUAGAGUCGAUUCUGGACAAGGAGUCCAAAAUUUCUCACGAACUUCUCGCCGCUCAGAUUGAAGCAAGGUUAGGCACCGGGGAAGGAGAUAAUGCAAAGCCCCCAGAUGCCAAGGUCUGGAGUAAGGGUAAAGGCUUGAGUGAUAUUGAUUGGCCAUUAGUCGAAUUUUGUUACCCGCCCAUAAUCAUCUCCCGCUCUAGCAGCACCGGCUACGAUCUACGAUAUACCGCCGAAUCAUCAGCUGACAACAUUUCACACAAGGGCGUGCUACUGGUCGCUUUUGGCCUUCGUUACAAGUCAUACUGUGCCAAUGUCGGACGAACAUUUAUCGUUGAUCCCACUCCGGAACAAGAGGCACAAUACAACCUGCUGCUUUCGUUGCAGCAAGAGCUACUGUCGAAGAUCAAGCACGGAAUUUCUGCUCAGAGUGCAUAUGAGGCCGCACUUGCCUUCGUCAAGGAGAAGAACCCCGAACUCGAAAAACAUUUCCAGAAGAAUAUCGGAUUCGUCACCGGCAUUGAGUUUCGGGAUUCUGCCUACUUGCUCAAUUCCAAGAAUGGCAAAGUGCUGAAAGAGAACAUGGUGAUCAGUCUUGGUCUGGGCUUUACCGAUCUUGUUGACGCCAGCGGCAAAAAAUAUGCUCUGCAGCUUGUUGACACAAUCAAGGUUGAAUCCUCCAAGUCUACACUUCUCACCGAUGGGACCCGCUCGGUCAAGGACACAAUGUUUUUCCUGACACCAGAGGACGAAGUUGAAGAGAAACCGAGGAAGAAGGCACCUACAGUUCCUCGUUCGCCUGUCAAGAAGACGGCUGGUGGCAAAGUUCUUCGGAAUCAACCUCGCCGAACCCAGGAUGAAGUGCACCAGAGUGCUGCUGCGAAACUAGCCGAACAUCAGAGAGAAAUUCACCGCGAACUUCAGACUCGGGGUCUGGCCAAAUUUUCAGAGGAAGGUGCAGCACAGGAAGGAAAAGAAGGCAAGGGCUGGAAAAAGUUUCAAAGCUACAAGGGCGAAGGAGGACUGCCCCCAGAGGUUGAACGUCUGCGGAUUUUCGUUGAUCGCAAAGGUCAAUCAGUUAUUUUGCCCAUCAACGGCUUCGCAGUGCCCUUCCAUAUCAACACAAUCAAGAAUGCGAGCAAAAACGACGAGGGAGAAUACACAUAUCUUCGUGUCAACUUCCAGACCCCUGGUCAAUUGGCAGGCAAGAAGGAAGACACGCCCUUUGAGGAUCCCGAUGCAACCUUUGUUCGAUCCGUCGUCUUCCGUUCGCCCGAUAAUCACCGCUUCGACAAUAUCUACAAGCAGAUUACAGAACUCAAAAAAGAGGCCAAUAAGCGGGAGCAGCAAAAGAAAGAGAUGGCCGAUGUUAUCGAACAAGACAAUCUCAUUGAAGUCAAGGCCCGAAGACCAGCCAAACUACCAGAAGCAUUUAUUCGACCAGCACUUGAUGGUAAACGACUAGCAGGCGAAGUUGAGAUCCACCAGAACGGUGUUCGAUACCUUUCACCCAAUGGCCAGAAAGUCGACGUGUUGUUCAGCAACGUCAAGCACCUCUUCUUCCAGCCUUGCGAUCAUGAACUCCUGGCCAUCAUCCAUUUCCAUCUGAAGGCGCCGAUUAUGAUUGGUAAGAAGAAGACCCACGACGUCCAAUUUGUUCGCGAAGCCACAGAUGCCCAAUUUGACGAGACUGGUAAUCGAAAGCGGAAACACCGAUACGGCGACGAGGACGAAAUUGAACAAGAGCAUCAAGAGCGAAAGCGUCGACAAGCGCUGAAUAACGAGAUGCAGAGUUUCUCCAAAAAGAUUUCAGAUGCUGCUGGUACCUCGGGUGGCGACCCACUUGAAGUGGACCUCCCAUACCGAGAUCUGUCCUUCGAGGGCGUCCCCCACCGAACCAGUGUCCGCCUACAACCGACUACUGAAUGUCUAGUGCAUUUGACCGAUCCCCCAUUCCUGGUUGUGACAUUGUCCGAAAUCGAAAUUGCAUCGCUGGAGCGUGUUCAAUAUAACCUGAAGCAGUUUGAUCUCUGCUUCAUCAUGAAGGACUUCACUAAGCCGCCUCUCCACAUCAACUCCAUCCAGAGCGGUCAGAUGGACGACGUCAAGAUUUGGUUGGAUUCGGUCGACAUUCCCAUGACGGAAAGCCCAGUCAACUUCAAUUGGGGACCUAUCAUGAAAACCAUUAACGAGGACCCACACGGUUUCUUCCAAAAUGGCGGUUGGACCUUCCUUGGAAGAGGAAAUGGGGCUGAUAGCGACCAUUCUGACGAUGGUUCUGAAACUGAGUCUGAAUUCGAAGCUGAUUCCGAGGAAAUGAAGGAGGUUGAGAGCACGGACGAUGAGAGUGCCUAUGGGAACUCUGGAGGAAGCGACGAAAGUGGAUCUGACUUUGGUGGCGGUUCCGAUGAGAGCGAAGGCGAAGACUGGGAUGAAUUGGAGCGCAAGGCUGCCAAAUCGGACCUGAAAAGAGCUGAAGGCCUCAAAAAGACAGGCUCGGACGAUUCCGACUCGGAUAGACCCAAGAAGAAAAAAGCCAGCAAGCCUAACGGAAAACCGAAUGGGAAAGUUAAGGGCAAGCGGUAG